CGAAGAUACCAUAUCUUGUUUGCCUUCAGUCUACUUCGAACGAUGUCAUGUCUUUCAAGGCACAGCACAAGAUGGGCUCGGAACAAAAGGUUAUGAAGUCUUGCGACCGAUGCAAAAGUCGCAAAGUUGCUUGCUCAGGUAUAGGACUUGCAGGAGUGACGCGCUGUAACAAUUGCUCGCGAAGAAACGAGGUGUGUCGAUUUAGCGCUCAAAGAAGGCCUCGAAGGCGACAGGAGGCGACAGAGAUCGAUCAAUAUCGCGAUGAGGCAACACAAACAGAUGACACUAGCAUCCAAGAAGCCGAAGUGGCUUUGGGAGAACCCACACCACAAUAUGACGGUCUCCAGGAUUUGUACGUGGAUCGACUCUUGAUUGCGCCAAGGAAGGAUCCUGCUCUGCCAACAACUGCCCCAAAAGUAGGCCUUGCAGGCACUGGCGUUUUCGGAAAUGAGUACAGCUUGACCUUCUACUCGGAGCGCCGCUUAUCAGCACUUUCAGCAAAGCUCGGCCACGACCGCGUCUUGCAAGCCCAUACCAAGGCCACUGCGUUUCUUGCAGAGCGCUUGGGAGGAAUUGAUCGUCUUUCAAUUUCUAUGGCCUUGCCUGAAAAGACAUCGACAUCGACGGAAACAAAUUCCAGUUUCGUCAAAGCAUGCAUCCAGUCAUACUUCGAACAGCUCCAUCCUAUAUACACUUUUAUCGACAGAGCCCGAUUCGAGGCUAUCGCCUUUGGGCCGAAUCUUUCUCAACACCUCGAGGCAGAUAAACCCUGGUCAGCCCUCUUCCACGCAAUCCUCGCACUUGGUUCACAGUUUCAUGAUGGUGGGAGUUACCAGCCGGCAAAGAACAUUGCAUGGCGGUUUUUCUCCAUCUCCCUGGCCUUGUUUCCCAGCUUGUUAAUCACAAAGGCUACCUUACAUACUGUGCAAGCUAUUGCCGCUAUGGCCAUAUUCGCAUCGAAUGUGUCGUCUCUACAUCUAGAGCAUACCAUGAUAUAUGAGGCAACUAAGAGAGCCCAAUCUCUAGGUUACGACCGAUGUACGGCCCCCGGCGAUGACGAGCGUAUCCGGACAUUCUGGGUUCUGUAUCGAUUCGAAAAGAUUAUGACAUUUACAACCGGACGUAGCUCCACGAUCAUGGACUCUGAUAUUAGCAGCGUCAUCUCGCCACAGCCACUAUCAGGUGUCGACAGCAAUCCUUUCGACUUCUCCCUCGCAUCUGUCAGGAUGUCAAGACUCCUAAGCCGCGUCUACUCAUCCAUCUACUCAGUCAGUGCGCGAGGGCGGACGCAACGAUAUUACCUUGACGUCGUUCGCCGCCUUAAGUCGGAGCUUGAGAACUGGCGUGCAAGCAUUCCACUGAAUCUACAACCGGGCCAACCGAUCCGACCACAUUGCAUUCCCACAACACUGGCCAUGAACAUCUGUGUCAAAUUGCAUCUACUCUACUAUACCACUAUGUUGCACUUAAAUCGCGUGCUGCUGCAAUUAGAGGAUCAACCGACAAAUGAAUCCGAAGCAGUAGCAAGCGUGAUGCGGACAGCAAGAUCCAUUCUUGACGUGACACAGUUUAUUGAGGUCCAGCCGUACACACCACUAUGGGUGCUUGCAGCUGUUCCUCUGGCAGGUUUCCUGGUUCUUUUCGACGUAGUGAUCGACUAUCCUACUCAUCCAGACACCGCAGUCAAUCUUAGCAUGCUUGACAUUGGCAUUGGUCAUUUCAGUCGCAUCGAGUAUGCAUCCAAUGGUAGUCUACCCGGCCAUAUUCUUGCAGACUUCUCAAGUAUUGCAAGAUCCUUUGUGCAGGAAAGUCAAGCACAACGACCAGGCAACGACGGUGGUUCGUCGAAGAUCCUAUCUAUUGUACCGAUGCCGGCCUAUAUGGCGGCCAACAAUUCGGGAAUGCAGCCACCAAUUCGAACACAGCCUGCUGUCGGACUUUCGUCAAGUCCAUUUACAGACUUACCAGUAUGGCUAACUAACCCCACCAACGAAGAUUUGCUUCAAGGAACUGAUAUCCUUGAUUUGUUCAAUUCUUCUUUCCCGAACUUUGAAGACGAUGGGAAUUUGUUUGGAUUCGCUCCAUGAUCAACCUAAUGACCGACAAGAUCGUUUACGACAUUUUUUUACGGAUCGGAAUGUUCGAAUUAGCUUCCUAGCGAUUGUCUGGUCAGAAAUUCGGAUUUUCUUCUCUUCGUUGCGUCCUGUACUCGUAUUCGUGCAAUGUAUAAUUCGUUGCGCCCUGUACUAGUAUUCCAUGUAUGAUGUAGUAAUGUAGCCACGCUUACUAGACAAAAAUGGACUGUCUACUGUGUAACAUUCUCGAAGACUUGGAC